UAUUGCUUUGUGGGCGAUUUGAAUGAUUCUUACUACGGAACCGUCAAUCGGAUCUGUCAACUAUUUAUUUUCCCCUAUUUUUUAUAACACAGUGGUAUCUGGCCAGAGAGAAAAAAAGAUUGCAGCCUUGUGUUGCUGUCCUCUACGUUUGUUGAGUUAGGCUUUUCUGAAGGCUUCCCGAUUAUCCUGGCCAAUCAAUGACUAGAGUGAGUAAACACAAUGCCCAGAAGAUUUGCAGCUGGUGAUGCAGUGAUGGCCAAGUGGCCAGGCAGCAAUCUAUGGUUCAAAUCUAAGAUCCUGAGUGUAAAUGAUGAUGGGUAUGAAGUCAAAUACGAAGAUGGUACAGUAGAAGAAAUCCCAUCCACUGAUGUCAAGUUGGAAUCCUUCUUUAGAACGAGGUCACGCUCCAGGUCAAGGUCACCGGGCAGAAGACGGUCCCGGUCACCAGCACGCAAAUCAUCCCCUUCCAGGACACAACAGAAGAAGUCUAGGAGUCCAGCAAGGAAGCCAGAGAAGAAAGAGGUAGUAGAAACACCAGUAUCAAGAACACAAGAGAAAAGAACAGAAUCAAAAAUCUCCAGAGUUGUCGGUAAUCUGACAUUUCGGAGUCCAUUUAAAAAAACUGCAAAGACACAGACAGUGAUCAAGACUGAGCAACAUACAUACACAACCAGAGCACAGACAAGAUCAGGCAAACAACAGCUAGAAAUACCUGCAGAGAUGAAGUCAGGAAGAGUUCCUAAAACCACACACUAUGAAUUUGGAGGUCCAAUAGGUACCUUCUUCAUGAUCCUUGGUAUACCAUUGACAGUGUAUUACCUGUAUUUCACAUGUCAACCAUCAGGAUGUCAGCUAUCCUACAAACCACCAAUCUCACUUGAUUGGAGGGAUUACUAUGAUCAGGAAGCCUAUCUAUUCUUUAUUGGAUGGUUUUUCUUCCAAGUCAUCCUUGCUCUCCUUCCAGUUGGCAAGAUUGUACAAGGUCAGCCUUUGAGAUCAGGAAGGAGACUGAGCUACAGGACUAAUGGCUUGUUUGCUCUGGUUGUGACAUGUGCAACCUUUGGAGCCAUGGUCUACUACAAGUGUCCUGUGACUUUGCUUGUGGAUAAGAUCCUACCUUUGAUGACAGCAGCUACACUCUUCUCUGUCUUCCUCAGUCUCUUCCUGUACAUCAAGGCCAGGAGAGGACCCAACAGUGCUCUUGCAGCAGGAGGAAACUCUGGCAAUUUCUUCUAUGACUUCUUUAUGGGUCAUGAGCUGAACCCUCGCUUUGGAAGCCUCGACCUCAAGUUCUUCUGUGAGCUACGUCCUGGACUGUUUCUUUGGGCUCUGAUCAAUAUGGCAUGCUUGAUGAAGGUGUGGACUGAAUUCCCUGACAAUCCUCCAUGGAACCUCAUCUUGGUCUGUGUCUUCCAGUUCCUCUAUGUCUUUGAUGCUUUGCUUUAUGAGUCUGCCAUCCUGACUACAAUGGACAUCAUCCAAGAUGGCUUUGGAUUCAUGCUUGUCUUUGGUGAUUUGACCUGGGUACCAUUCACAUACACUCUUCAAGCUCGCUUCUUAGCUGAUCACCCACCUGCCUUCCCAGAUUAUUGCCUCAUCCCAGUGGCUUUGCUCUUCUCCCUUGGAUACUUCAUCUUCCGUAUGUCCAACAGUCAGAAGAAUUCUUACAGACAAAACCCAUAUGGAAAGAGUGUUGCAGGUCUACAGACGAUUCCAACAGAUACAGGCAAGAGGUUGUUGGUAUCAGGAUGGUGGGGCUUUGUACGUAAACCUAACUAUCUGGGUGAUCUUCUCAUGGCAUUAUCAUGGUCACUGUGCACAGGUUUUGUAAGCAUCGUGCCAUACUUCUACCCCAUCUAUUUCUUCAUCCUCCUUGUUCAUCGAGAACGACGUGAUGAUGCAUCCUGCCGGCAGAAGUAUGGAGGAGCUUGGACCAAGUAUUGUGCUACCGUCAAGUACAGGAUGAUUCCUUACAUUUACUAGACAAUCUCUCUCUCUCAGAGCCUCAUUCCAGCCAUAAGACGUUGGUGCUUAGCCAUUGAAGUGUGAUUGUUUUUUGUUGUUUUUUAGCUACUCAAAAUUGUGGAUGCAUUCCUUUCUCUACUCCAAGCCUUGCUGCACUGGUUGGAUUUUAGUAACUACCUACUCAGGAUAUGACACAUUCAUCCAUUUUAUGAUGCUAAACAUUAAGGAUAGUUCUCUCAUGCUGAUUGAUAAAAUGAACUUUCAGUAAGAAAUCAUAGGAGAGAAAGAUAAAUGUAGUUUUCAUUAAGCCCUGGCCUAUUACAGUCAAAUUCAUCUUGAUUGCCAACCAAACCAGUGUUCAUGUAUUAUUUACAUUUGACUUGCUUGUAAUUGAAAUGUUUAUGCAACAAGACCCUACCUUCAAAUAAUUCACUCUCUUUAUGAGGUAAUUUUUUACCGUAUUCAGGAGUGUUUAUUUUCAUAGAACAGUGUUUGGAAACCAUUCCAUUUUUUCUGAAUACCUGAUGCUGUAUUGUGGUUUCUAGAAUGUCAGUUAACAUAAUGCAAAUUAGAUUUGCAAAGCUAGAAAAAAAUAUAUAUAUAUACAUCACUAUGCUAGAAUCUCUGGACAGCAAGUCAUAAAACCAUCCCAGUACAUAUCAUUGAGCGGUUUUCUUUUUAUUUCUUUUCUGUUUUUUUUUCUCCUUAUAGUUCAAUGUAGAUUAAUUCAGUACAUCUCAAUUGAUCACAUUCACAGAAGAUAUGAGAAUGCACCACCCCAGUGUAAAGAAUGUAAAUAUGUACAGUACUUUUAUUGUGCCCAUUCCAAAGAUUAUGCAGAUAAGCUGUUAAAUGCAAAUUUAAAAGUCAAAUGGUUCCUUUUUAAACCAUGACUUAAUCAGUAUUUCUUCAAUUGGUUAAGUGUCGUAAUUGUGCAUUCCUUGUUAAAAAAUGAAUGUCUGAACUGAGUUAUGAUAGAUUAGUAAGUGCAGAUAAUGCUUAUGAUUAUAUUUUGGUUAUGGUAAUUUAAACUAAAUACAGGUGAAUCUGCCCAAGUGAAAUAUCUGGAUCUUAUGCAAGAGAAUUGCACACAAAAAUAUAAACUAUGUGUAUGUAGCCUUUGCUCAAAUGUAUUUAUUGAAUGCACUGUAGAUGGCUUCCAACAAAUUCAUUUCAGAGUGUGUGAUGUGCACAUAAUAUUACUCUAUUUUGAGGUGCCAUAUGAACAUUGAAUUGCUGUUGGUUUGUAUUUCAUGCUAUUUGCCAGUAUAUUGUUUGUUUGUUAUCAAUAUGCAUGUCUAAUGUCAUUAUUAACCUGAUAAUAAUAGUUUAUCAGAACUUGAAACUUAUCCACCUUAUUCUUUUCAUCAGAAUUUAGAAUACUUUCAUUCAUUUUAGCCAAACAUUUGAUUUCUUUUAGAGUAAAUGUUCAAAGCUGCUAUAUGUAUAUUGCCUAAGAACAGUAUGAGCCAAGUAUGCCUUGAAUUACAAACAAAAUAAUAAUUACAAAACUGAAAUAUUUAUCAAUGACAGUACAAAUGAACUUCUGGUAGGUAUUGAAAUGAACUAUUUGGCAAUACACUAUACAAUUGAUUCUUCUGAAUCAACUUUUAUUAGACAUUCAUUACAAGUGAACGGGCUAUGUACAUACAAUUCUUGUAAAUAGAGAUUGUGUAAAUAUAUUUGUACAAUUUAAAUGGACAUUCUGUGAAUCUGGUGAAAUGCAUUUAUUUUACUACUUUUAUCUUGUAUUCAUUCAGGGACGUAAAAUGCAUAGAUUCAUUUAUGACUCUAAUAGAAUCCUUAUAAUUAUUAUUCAAUAGAAUUCCUUGUCUCUUGAUAUUUUUCCAAUUGAUUUUGAUAAAUGUCAUGUCUUUUGUUAACAUUAUUUAUGUGUCUAAGCACUAAUGAUUGUUUAAAUAAGCUUGUCAAUUACCUACUUUGUAUGCAAGAAAAAGUAGUUCAAUAACAACAUAUGGACUUAACAUGGUUUUCAUGAAAUCAAUUCUUUGGUAAAUGGUAAUAUACAUUUUCAGUGUGUUUUAUCAAUGCAUUUUCCCCCUUUUUUAUUUUUAUUUUUGGUUUCCUCAUGAAUAAAGACACAAGAUGUAUCAACAGACCUGUAAUGUACAUUGUAUGAAAUUAUAAUGGCAUUGUGGUAAAUAAAUGUGUGACUUAGUUUUAAA